CUCCGCUUCCCACCGCGGGCGCGGCCACGGCCACCGGGCUGCGGUCCCACCGCCCCGGGCCAGCGAGGGACGCGGAGAGGACAAUGUUUGGCCGCGCUCGGCGCAGCAUUCCGCCUGCCAGGCGUCCCCGGCAGCCGCUCCGUGCGAGGCCGCGGGGUGCGGGGAGACGAACCCGCCCGUAGCCGCUCGCCGGUACUGGCCCGUGUUGGGGGCCACUCCUGGCAGCGGGAGCCGCUUCCCCCUCCUCACGCCCGCUCCCCGGGAUGCCCCUGGGCGGCGGCUGGACCCCCGCCCGCUGCCCGGCCCCCCGCGGCUCCCGUCUCCCGGUGCUGCACCGGGGGUCGGCGGCCUGGCUCGGGCGCCGCGUCCCGGGCGGCGGUUCUCGGCCUCCGCAGGGCGGGAUGAUCCCCCGGCGGGGACCCGGUACGGCGAGGGCGCAGGAGGAAGCCUCGCGGCCGCGCUCUGUCCCCGGCCGGGAGCUCUAGGCCGGCUCUCCGGUCGGGAUGCGAAGGUACCGGUGAGGCGGCUCCCGGGACUACUCCUUAGCGCUUCUGGCGGCCUCCGGAUUCCCCGUGGCCCUGGGCGCUGUCCUGAGUCCCCCUCCCGGGGUGGGGACAGAGAAGAGCCGCCGUCAGCAUCUCCUUCGGGAGGCGAAAGGUGGAGCCCGGUCCGUUCCCGCAGAGCGUCCGUUCCUGCUUUCCCCGGGCCGGCUCGGUCCUGGCGAGGUGCCGCCGGGUGCCCCGGGGCCGGCAGCCCCCGCUCGCCCCCCGGGGCAGCCAUGCCCACCCCCAGCGACUCCAGCCGCUCUCUGACCGCCCGCCCAGCUCGCAGCCUCACCCACCUCCGCGUCCAGAAGACCUGGCUACAGAUCCUGCUGGUGCUGGGCUUCAUCCAAGUGAUCCUGGGCGUCUUGAUUGUCACCUUCAGCCUGGUGGCCGCCACCAUCACGCCCUCCACCAAGAUUCGGCACUCCUGCCCGUCCUGGGCCGGCUUCUCGCUGGCGCUGUCUGGACUUGUUGGCAUCGUCUCCUGGAAGCGGCCACUGACGCUGGUGAUCACCUUCUUCACGCUGCUGUCGGUGCUGGGUGUCAUGCUGAGCCUCGCCGGGUCCAUCCUGUCCUGCCAGAACGCGCAGCUGGUGAAGUCCCUGGAGGCCUGUGAGAGGGAGAGGGACUCAUGCGUCUGCUGCCAGGUCCGCUCGGAGCCCCCCCCCUCCUCCUGCAGCCAUCAGAGCGAGAUGCUGACCAUGUUCCCCAACCCCAACUGCCGGAGCAUCCAAGUAGCACUCAAGGACCUCCUCUUCAGUGUCUGUGGCUUGACCAUCUUCUCCACCAUCAUCUGCACGCUCUCUGCUGUUGUAUGCUGCAUCCAGAUCUUCUCCCUUGACAUUGUCCACGUGCUGGUCCCUCAGCGCUCAAGCUCUGUGACCCUGGAAUGCACAUCCCCACCUGAUACCUUCCUGCAGAGCAUGAUGGACUUUGAGGAGUUUGUGCCUCCAGUGCCACCACCUCCCUACUACCCACCCGAGUACACCUGUAGCUCUGAGACCGAUGCGCAGAGCAUCACCUACAACGGCUCCAUGGACAGCCCUGUGCCCCUCUACCCAACAGACUUCCCCCCUUCCUACGAGACUGUGAUGGGGCUGCGGGGAGACAGCCAGGCCACCCUCUUUGACUCACAGCUGACGGAUGGAUCUCAUGCCUGCACCUGUGACCGUGUCCCCUCCAUCGUGCUCAGUGGAGAAGCUCUUCACUCCCACCGCUUCUAUUCCUCGGCAGUGUCCAUGGACAGUGGGUCCCUGAUGAUGUCUGAGAUCAUGGACAUCCCCGGGGACAGCAGCCCCUCGGAGGACUCCUGCCUGCUGGAGCUGCAGGGCUCCAUGCGCUCCGUCGACUACGUCCUGUUCCGCUCCAUCCAGCGCAGCCGCGCAGACUACUGCCUCAGCGUGGACUGCGUGCAGUGCAGCCACCACGCACGCAGCCCCACGCUGGGCUUGCAGGGGCCCUUCGAGGAAGUUCCUCAGCCCCGGGCGCGGGGGGAGCGCUCCUAUUCCUGCUCCACAGCAGAGCCCGCACACGACGGCAUCUUGGUGGGGGGAGCUGUCACCCACAGCUGCAAUCGCCUGGAGGGGCUGUCCCGCUGCGUGGGUCCCUGCUUCCCCGAAGUGCGGCUCAAGGAUAAGGGCUCGCUGCAGGGACGCGGAGGUGGCCGCUCUACGGCGUCUGGCACCGGGCGUCUCUGCCAGGCGCGACGCAAUAGUGACACCUCCUGCCCCUCGUCCCCGGCCCCGGCGCUGAGCCAGCGCCCGCUCAUCAGGUCGCACAGCGACCCCGGCGUGCUGACUGUCGGUCACGCUGCAGAUUUCAGGGAAGUACUUUAUACCAAAGCACUGGAGGAUACUGCGUCCGAGUCCUCCGCGGAUACAGGGCUGUGCUCGGAGGCCUGCCUGCUCCACCGUUCGCACUGUGACUCUCCCCUGCUGCUCCGGGCCAGCUCGGUGGGGAAGAGCAAAGUUCUGCCCUCCAAGAAGGUGGCAGAGCAGCUGUCAAAGACGACGACUCGCUCCCUGGGGGACCUCAAGGUUUGCCGGGGCACCCGUGGGCUGGUGGCCAGGUUCUUGCAGAGACCCAAGCGCAGCCCAGCAGCUGGCACGGUGGAAGUGCCUGGGCACAGCUCCCAGGGACACAAGCAGGUUCCCUGGAGCCCCUGGCCGGGAGCAGAGCGGCCGCACGAAGGCAUCCACCUGCAGAGCUGCGGGGACCUGAGCUCCACCUCGUCCCUGCGACGACUCCUGUCCAGCCGCCGGCUGGAGCGCAGCCGCCCCCGGAGCCUCAGCGGCACCUGCAAGGAGAGUGCCCUCUGACAGCCUACCCCAGCCACGGCACAGCCUCCGUGGAGAUCCUCCUGAUGUGGAGAUGGGGAUGUCCCGCUCCAGGUCAUGGCCCUCGGACGUUGCUAGGACCUUGUUGCUGCCCCGGCGGGGCUGGGGCCUGUGCUGCUUCCCCGGGCGGGGGGAGGGCGAGGGGCUGGUCCCCUGGCAUGGCUGCUGGGGGCCUGAGACAGCCUGGGUCAGCCGCGUCUGUCCUCUGCCCUGUUCCUUGCAUUGGCCGUGCCUGUUCCCCGCCCUGACCCCGUGCCAGCUGUGCCUGUGCCCUGGGACAGCCAUGCCUGUCCUCUGCCCUGUCCCCUGUGCUGGCUGUGCCUGCCCCCGUGCCAGCUCCCUCUGCCAGCCGUGCCUCUACCCUGCGCUGGCCGUGCCUGUACCCCGGGACGACCAUGCCAGUCCUCCGCCUUGUCCCCUGUGCCAGCUGUGCCUGUCCCUCGCCCAGACCCGCAGCCCCGUCCCCACACCGGCCGUGCCCAGCUCCCGGGUUCCUGCUCAGCCCCGUCCCCACGCCGGCCGUGCCCAGCUCCCGGGUGCCUGCUCAGCGCCGUCCCCACGCCGGCCGUGCCCGCUCCCCGGCCGGUGCCCCCACGCCUGGCUGCGCUCGGGGCCGCGAUGCGGGGCCGGUCCCGCGGCGGUCGCAGCCCCUCGCUAGAGACCCAAUAAAGGUGGUCGCCACCCGCU